AUGGAGGGUUUACCUGUCGGCUGGACACUGCACACCUGUGACCGUGUGGGGCUGCUGCAAGACCGACAACCUCCCAACUCUCAGGUGUAUGAGCUGUUCCAUGAAGAUGCACAGGGCUUCCAGCUGUCUGGUCAGCCUUGGUGGAGGAUUAAGCUGUUUGUUUGGGAGCCUGUCCUAUUUGGAACUUGGGACGGUGUUUUCACCUCCUGCAUGAUCAACAUAUUUGGAGUGGUGCUAUUUCUGCGAACUGGCUACCUGGUCGGGAACACUGGAGUGCUGCUGGGCAUGUUCCUGGUCUCGCUGGUGGUCGCGGUGGCUUUGGUGACGGUGUUUUCGGGAGUGGGAAUCAGCGAACACUGUGGAGUAGGAGGAGGAGGAAUCUACUCCAUGAUCUCCACAGUCCUGGGCGGCAGGCUGGGAGGGACGGUCGCUCUCUUGUAUGUGUUUGGACAGUGUGUAGCUGGGGCCAUGUACAUCACGGGUUUCUCGGAGUCUGUGGCUGUGUUGCUGGGUCUUCAGGGGCCGUGGGCAGUGAGGGCCGUGUCUGCCAUUGUCCUGCUAGCUCUGCUCUUCAUUAAUCUGGCCGGUGUGAAGUGGAUCGUUCGGCUGCAGCUGCUUCUGUUGGCCGCGCUGGCAGUUUCUACGCUGGACUUUGUCAUUGGCUCCUUCUCCCAUCUUGAUCCAGAUCAUGGGUUUGUUGGAUAUUCACAAGAGCUGCUCCAAAAUAAUUCAAUGCCGGAGUACAGCCCUGGGGAAAACUUCUUCACUGUUUUUGGAGUCUUCUUUCCAGCUGCGACAGGGGUCAUGGCAGGAUUCAACAUGAGCUCCGACCUUCAGCGUCCCGAGCACAACAUCCCGGUGGGAACGCUCGCAGCUGUCUUCAUCUCGUGGUUCCUGUAUCUGGUCUUUGUCUUCCUCCUGGGGGCCAUCUGCACCAGAGAAACACUGCGCUACGACUUCUUAAUCGCUGAAAAGGUCUCCUUGGUGGGUUUCCUCUUUCUCUUCGGACUCUAUGUCUCAUCCCUGGCUUCUUGCAUGGGCGGCCUGUACGGAGCUCCCAGAAUCCUCCAGUGCAUUGCCCAGGAGCGGGUCAUCCCUGUACUGGCCUUUUUGGGACAUGGGAAAGGCCCAAACAAGACCCCAGUGGCUGCGAUCUGCCUCACCAGCCUCUUGACCAUGGCCUUUGUAUUGAUCGGACAAGUGAACAUUCUGGCCCCGAUCGUCACCAUCAACUUCAUGCUCACAUACAGCUUCAUCGACUACUCGUUCUUCAAAGUGGCCAUGACCUUCCAGCUUCAGACUAAAGGCAAAGGCAACACAAGUUUCUCGAACAGACCUAAAAAACCAUCCAGGACAACAGAACGUAUUUCUAAACCUCUGAUUGAAAAAACCUGUUCAAACUACGGCAGCGGAGACCAGAGUCCGCAGCGGAAAGAGAGGCCGUCAAACGAUACAAAUCUAAUCUGCCCUAAAGAAGAUGGAUCGGGGAAACCUCUCUGCGUCAAAGAACCGAGGAGGAAAAGUAACGUCGAUGCCAAAGAGAUGCUGAUGAACACUUUUGAUUUGAAUCGUGAACACUCAACGGUUGUGGAUGGUCAAAAGAAGGAAGAAAUUAAUGAUUGGACAAGCAAUGACACAAGUGACCCAGGAUCUGAGCCAGUAGAGGAAAGUGAACCAUGUAUUCUGCAAAACAAAACAGAUUCUGACAACGGAAGUAUUGACAUCAAACCAAUUGUCAAUUCAUUUUAUCUAAAAGUUUGCAACCCCUGGAUAGCUCUGAUUGGAGCGAUCGGCUCCAUUGGGAUCAUGUUUGUUAUAGAAUGGCUCUAUGCUCUGGCAAACAUUAUAGUGGCGCUGUUGCUUUUCUUCUACAUUGGAAAAGCAAGUCCUGGACUGCCUAAAGGUGUUGCUGCUCAUUUCAGCUUUUUUACGUGGGUGAAAAAGACACUGAAAAGCAUUGUCAGGAACAAGAGCCUUCCUCAGGAUGAGAUAGUUCUGACACCAUCGCUCUCCAGGGUCGGAUUGAAAACCAAACAGUUGACUGAAGAAAAUGCUGAUUUUUCCUCUCGCCUCCGAUAUCACCAGUCGCGGGCUUGCUCCUUGUUCGUGGAGCAGACAGCGUGUGUUUGGGACAGCAGGAGGAGGGGCCCGGGGCCCCCUGAUAACUGGCUGCAGCCUGUUGCUUUAUCUUCCGCCCGCGCUGUGGUGCAGGGACCUCCUCUGGACCUCCUCUGGACCUCCUCACUUCAGCCUCUGAACUCCGCGCAGACGGAGGCACUUUCCAUGGUGUCCCCGGAGGAUACUCCGAUCUGUGUUAGACUUUACGGACUGUAUCUGUGUCUGCGGCCGAACGACGAUGAGACACGCGUGGUUUUGGAACCACGUCUGGGGACUGUCGCUGUGGAUGGUCGCACGGUGCGGGAGCCUCGGGACAUGGUUCCCGCAGAACUCCACAACCACAGCCCGGUCUCAUCACCUCGGAGCGGGCUGCACGGCCACAGCUCCACCGCUGGAAACAUGGACACAACUGAGAUGCAAACCAUUUCUGAAAGAAGCAGCAAAGCACUGGAAUCCACAAGUCAGACUCCUGACCGUCUGGCCUCGUCCGUCUCCUCCUCCACCACAGAACCUGUCUACAGCAGCAGCAUUCAAAGCAGUAGCACCCACAGAAGCACCCACAGCAGCACCCACAGCAGCACCCAUGGCAGCACCCGCAGUAGCAGCCAAGACAGCAGCACCCGCAGUAGCAGCCAAGACAGCAGCAGCCAAGACAGCAGCAGCCAAGACAGCAGCAGCCAAGGCAGCAGCACCCAAGGCAGCAGCACCCAAGGCAGCAGCACCCAAGGCAGCAGCACCCAAGGCAGCAGCACCCAAGGCAGCAGUACCCAAGGCAGCACCCACAGCAGCACCCAAAUCAGUAGCACACACAGCAGCACCCAAGACAGCAGUCCCCAAGACAGCAGCACCCACAGCACCCCCCAAGACCACACCACCCAAGACCACAGCACCCAAGACCACAGCACCCAAGACCACAGCACCCAAGACCACAGCACCCAAGGCAGUGACGGGACAUCUCACAGCACCCACAGGCACCAGGCACCUAUGGGCUCCCCUUCAGUCUCCCAGGAGUUUUGGACUUGGACCGAAACGGAAGACUCAAGCUUGCUGGGUGACAGUCCAGAUAGCACCUUAAGACUCGGAGACGUGACCAAUAUUUCUGCUCAGACUUAUUUCAACACGGACAGCGAUUACACAUCCACCACCAUGAGCAGAGCGGGCGAGCGGACGUUACUUUCUGUUACCGUGCUACAAAACAACUUCAGCUCUCCUCUUUUCACCCAGGACUCUACUUCUAAUGAGCCAUCUGCAACAUGGGCACUUUCUCUGCAGACCGUAGAGGACUAUACUCGAACCAUUUCAUGGGACAGAAACUUUAACAAACUCCACAGACGAUCAACAAGCGUUUACAGCACACGUGACAUCCAAUUUGACGAGAUCUUCAGAGAAGUGAGUCCCUAUUAUGAAACGUCCACUGAAAAGUCCACUCAAAGUCUCAUCACUCAGAACCAGGAAGGCACAGAGCGGGUCCCGUCUAGAACCGAGGAAGAUGCACUGGACUUACAUACAGAGGCCCUAACCACAGCGGCCCCCACACUCAGCAGCUGGACACCGGAUUGUCUGACUAAAACACCACCGCUGGUUAUUACAGAAGUCUUCCCUACAACUACAGCUGCCACGGUCACAGCGAGACCCCAGCUUCAGACAGAGGCCUCUUCUCCGGCUGCUGUCUCCACAACAAGUCUCCCUCUGUCAGACUCUCCCACAUCCAAAUCCACGUUGAUCAAAUCCACCGCUGCAGCCUCACAAACCACCGUCUCUCAUUCCAGUGUCUCUGCCGAAACAUUCACACCCAAACUGGAGACUACAACAGCUUUCCCUGAGUUUGUGCCCAGUCUUACCGCAAAAACCUCCACAUCCGCCCCAACCAAAGCUACCACUCUGCAGCUAAGGACGAGUGCAAGACCCCUGGAAGUGACCACAGCCUCCAGCAAGGGGACCACUACAGUCACAACCACAAACCGGACCCCAGCCCCGAGCUCCGAGACUGAGACCUCCAGUCCAGCGGUCACCACACUUUCCACGGCCGUACAACCUCCACCAUCGCAUCCCAGAAACCCCUGUUUGUCCAACCCGUGCCUGAACAGUGGGAUGUGUGUGAGUUUUGAAGGGCAUCACUUUACCUGUCGUUGUCAACAAGCCUGGACCGGGCCAACCUGCGGCGAAGAUGUGAAUGAGUGUGAGCGAGAUCCCUGUCCUCUCGGCUCCCGCUGUGAAAACACCAGAGGAUCCUUCAGCUGUGAGUGUCCGCUGGGCUUCAACCUGGAGGACGGCCGCACCUGCUCCAGGGCCAAAACAUUUUUAGGAAUUUUCAGCGUUAACAAACAGAUACAUGACCCUGUUGUCUUCAAAAGCGCUCAAAUGCACGAGAUCCAGAGAGAGAUAAUACACCUCCUGAAUGCCUCGUUGUCGGUGCUUCGAGGCUACAGUCGCUCCACGCUCAGGAAAAGGGAGGAGGGCAGAACUGGUAUCUUAGCAGUGAACAUGUUUUCCAUCUCUGCUGAUGUGACGAGUUCUGAAGUUUACAACAGCAUCCACGCGACUCUGACCAACUGCAGCUUUUUUCUUUCCCACUGUCGGAUGGUCCUUCAGCAUCAGAUCUCCUAUCAGGUGGAGAGUUUGUGCGAGGCUCAGAAGACUCAGUGUGACACCGAGCGCUCCGUGUGCACCGACCACAGCGGCACGGCCUCCUGUCAGUGUCUGCCGGGAUAUUACAAGCACAAUCCUGAAGACCUGUCCUGUUUAGAAUGUGGAGAUGGAUACAAACUGGAAAACGGCACAUGCCAACCAUGCAUGUUUGGCUUUGGUGGAUUUAAUUGUGGAAAUUUUUAUAAACUGAUAGCAGUCGUGGUGUCACCAGCAGGGGGCGGCAUUCUCCUCAUUCUCAUCAUCGUUCUCAUAGUUACAUGUUUCAAGAGAGAUAAUAAUGACAUAAACAAAAUAAUCUUCAAGAGUGGAGACCUGCAGAUGUCUCCUUAUGCAGACUUCCCCAAAGCAAACCGUAUAUCCAUGGAGUGGGGACGAGAGACGAUAGAAAUGCAAGAAAAUGGCAGCACGAAGAAUCUGCUGCAAAUGACUGACAUUUACUAUUCGCCGGCACUACGCAACGCAGACUUGGAAAGGAACGGCCUCUAUCCUUUCACUGGGCUCCCGGGAUCUCGUCACUCCUGCAUCUAUCCCGCCCAGUUCAACCCCUCCUUUAUCAGCGACGACUCCCGAAGAAGAGACUACUUUUAA